AUGUCGAACGCCGGUGCCCAGGAGAUCCGCUUCCGCUGCGCCAUUGCCGCUGUCGGGUCCGAGGAUAAUUUCCAGGUGUACACCCAGGACACCAACGGCCGUAUCCGCGAGACUCGCUUCCACGACGGCCAGUGGUCCGGUGGCUCCCAACACGAUGUGGUCGCACAGGCGAUCCUGGGGUCCCCCAUUGCCGCUAUUUGUCGGACCUCCGAUACUGUGAAUCUGUUCUUCAUUGGAGAAGACCGCGUGGUCAGGGGGGUCUACCGUGACAACCACGGAAGAUGGCACGAGGAAUCUCUCAACCGCCAUCAGAUCAAGGUGGCGCCUUACUCGAUGAUGGCGGCGUGCUGCCACCGCGGCAAGGACGACACCCACCUCCGCGUCUAUGUGCAGAUGCCGGAUAACACUAUCCAGGAGCUGGACGAGAAACAGGGCUGGUCGAAGAUGACCAACCUUGGCCGCGCCCUGCCCGGCAGCGGCCUGGCUUGCGUGAGCCCCAAGAGCUCCGACUCGCACGACUCUGCCAUGAAGAUUCGUGUCUACCACCAGAAAGACGACCUCAGCCUCCGCGAGAAGCUGUACGACGGCCGCCACUGGAAGGACGGAGAGUUCUCCGUCUCCAAGGCCCCGCCUCGCACAGAUCUGGCGGCUACCGUCUUCCACAACGACCGUAUCCGCGUCUACUGCGUUCACGAGGAUAACCAGGUGAUGGAGAUGGCGUGUGACGAUGACAAGUGGCAGCGCGGCGGCUUCCACCAGCAGUGCGUGCCCGGCAGUCAGGUCGCGGCCCUCGCCUUUAGCCGCAGGGAGGUCCAGCUUCGUGUCUUCUUCCAGAGUGGAAAGCAUGUUACUGGUGUGAUUGAGUGGAAGUACGAGCGCGAGUGGAAACAGGGCAAGGAGGCGCUUCCUCCUGCUUAG